GGGAGUUGCACUCUGGUGAGCCGAGAGGCGACGGAGCUGUCAAACAGCAGCACCAACGGUCUGAUACUUUAUCCCGGGCGGUACGAAAAAAAAAAAACAUCUUACAGUCCUCUUUUCUGGAAGAACCAAGACAGAAACAACCCCGAGUUCACUUUGAGGAAUCAUUCGUGGAGCUUUUGAGCCGCUGUGUCCGCAGACUUCAUAUUUUACGAGUGUUGGUGUCUCUUGGCUCGAGUUUUGUUGACAAACUAGCCUCUCAGCUAAGUCCCCUGAGCUAGCUGCGUUUUCAACUUUGCUGCUUCUGGAGGCUCGCCUUGUCGUCUUUUAGGUCAGUGCUUCUCGGGAAAGGCAUGGCACCCAGCGUGGACUUUUCCUGCAAACAUCUCCACGACAUUAAAACAGGUUGGUUAUCUAAACUUCAUAAAAGAAGCACAUGCUAGUUCUAACUGUCGCUCCUUUGGUUUGUUUACAUUUUCGGUGUGGCGUUCAGGUACACCACACCAACAUAACGAGCUAUUUCUUCUCAUCUACCUCUCUUUACAGCUCUGUAUGGGAUGUGAUUUUCUUCUUUUGCAGCAUUGACUCAUGAGGAGGUCAUGGUAUUCAGAUAAUGUGCAGUUUUCCUCACUUAGCUUACCUUAAGUACUCGUUCAUUACUUUAAACCCCUGAAGAAUGACGGGUAUGCAGCAGCAGCUCACAUAUCACGGCAGUUAAACACAAUAGAUCAUGGUCAGAUAAGAGGCUUCUGUUCAGUUUGGUUGAAUGUGACCUUGCUCAUAUGCUUGACACAGAUUCAUCUCAAAGUAAACUGAGAUCUCAUAAUCAUUUUAUCUGGAGAAAAAGGGAUAAGAGAUAACAUUAAAAUCAUAGUUUACUGCAAGAUCAUUUAAAAAAUAUUAUUAAUGGCAUAAACAAUAAAUAACAGAGAAAUAUAACAACACAAAUCAAACAAGAUAAUGUUUAAUUCAGUGUGAUUAGUUCUUCUAUUUUCUGUGUCAGUGGUACAUUCUUUCUCUAUGAAUAAAUAAUUGUUUCUCACAGACACUCACACACACGCCCAUUGAAUACCUCUGGUCCUUGAGAGACACCCUGCUGCCUGCUGCAACCUUUCAUUAUAACAUCACUAAGUUUUGAUUUACUGUUGACAUUUUCUAUUAGCCUGUAAUCCACUGAGAUGCAGCUGGAUACUCUUCAGGCCCCCAAACUACUGUAAAAAAAACAGAAAACAUGUGGCCUGAGGCUGCUUUUGAAAUGUCCCAUCUGUUUUGAAGUAGCAUCAGGCCACAUUUUACAGACCCAAAAUAAGGCCGCCUUUUAAAAUUCCACCCUUUUUUCGUGCACAGUCUCUUUGCUGUGGUGUUUUAAAUGCGUGCCCUUUGGAUACGAAGGCAACUGGGAGUUGUUCGGUUACAAAUAUAGUUAUGAACACUGGCAGCUAGCCAAUGUUUUUUCUAAUCACUUGCCUCCUAAUGAAAAACCAGCAGCGUGGGCCGCCGAGGGUUAUCAAAUUGCUGAACAUUGUGGGACUGUGUAAUUGAUUUUGUAGGUUAAAGAAGGGGAGUGGAUUCAGUGUUUCAUUGAGAAAAAUUUUCAUAUAACAAUGAGACACUAUUAGGAUUAGGGCCCGACUGAUAUGGAUUUUUUGGGGCCGAUGCCAAAUAAUAGGGGUGGGGGGGAAUCCGAUUACCAAUUAAUCGGCCGAUUUUUAACAUUUUUUUAUGAAGUUGUAAAAAAAAUAUACAUACUGUAGGCUACUGCUCUUCAUGCCGACAGGAAGACGGACUAAUCAAACUUGGACCAGAGAAGCGUUUUCAACUAAUUCCUAAAAUAUUGGCGCAAAUUGGCGAGUUUUGGCCGAUUAGUCUCAAACGUGCUAAAAUUGUCUGAUUUAAUCAGCUCGCUGAUAAAUCGGUUGGGCUCUAAUGAGGAUAUUACAGAGUCUGCCAUGAGGGGAUGUGAUGAUAUUGAACUGUGUCUGCAUGACGAUAUCAAAACAAAAUUUAAAGGUACAGUAUGUAGAAAUAUUAAGGAAUGGCAGCAGUCAUAUUUUGACUUUAAACGCUACCUUUACUUUUGAUAUAGAUAUGAUCCCCUGUUUGUUGAUUUUUUUCCAUCAGAAAUAUCCAAUGAUACAAAUAACUGGAGUUUGCAUGUUCUCCCUGUGUCUGUGUGGGUUUACUCUGGUUUCCUCCCACAUCCCAAAAACAUGCAGAAGUGGGGUCAGGUUAAUUGGCCACUUUCUAAUUGCCCGCAGGUGUGAAUGUAAGCGUGGAUGGUUGUUCGUCCACAUAUAUAAGCCCUGCGAUGAACUUACAACUUGUCCAGGGUGUCCCCUGCCUUCGCCCGAAGAUGCUGGGAUAGGCUCCGGCCCCCCUGCGACCCCUAACAGGAAUAAGCGGUAGAAAAAGGAGGGAUGGAUACAAAUUACUUUUCUUCUUCUUCAUCAUCAUCUCUUAACUUCUCAAUUUUGUUCUGUUACCCACCAAAUAAAAUAGUGCAAGAUGGCAGCUUCUCCUAUGUGGAUAUAAAAGGCUCAUUUUAAGUUUAUUCAGAUGAUUGCUCACUAACUUCAACAUACCUAUGAAUAUUAUCUCCCAUUAUCACUAAAUGUUAAAUUCUACACUGCACCUUUAAAACAAUCCAAGAGACUUCAGUUCAAAUAUCAUUUUAAAGACAUUUGGAUGAAAGACAAUGUGUCCUUUGUUGUGAGGGGAAGAAAUAGAUCUUUUGUUGUUCACUCAUGUUUAAAUGCAAAACUCCUGUCAAGCUACUGUCUCUUUUAAGUGCCAGGCUGGGCCUAUUGUGUUCCCAGGGUGUUUUACCUCAGAGCAGCAUUGUUUACAAGGUAAGGUUUGGUCAUGACCCACCUAUCUGAGAAAUUCAAGGUAUUUCUGCAACACCGAUUUAUUCAGAAGUAGGUAAUUAUCAGGCUUUUCUUGGCUGCAUGCCUUCAUCUACCUGGCACCGUGAUGGACACAAUGACACAGACAUGUCAUGGGGAUUUCCAAAUAGAGAUGAAUGUCCUCACUCUGAAUUCAUACUGAAUAGUUGAGCAUUGUAUUUUUAUAUCAGUCAUCAUUAACAGAUCAUUACACACCUAUAGAGGUGCCUUUAAGCACGUGGUUGAUGUAAUGUCUCUGUGGUUGGGCUGGUUGAUGAUUAAUGAUGUGACAUUUAGUCUGUUUUAAAUUUGGACCAUCAGACAAUGUUGAAAUUCUUUUAAAGGGUCAGUAUGUUGCUUUAGGCUUAUAAGAUCAUCCCAAACAGAGUUAACAUUUUAGUUCUGCUUUAGACUUAAACAAAAAAUUGCAGGAAGUCUGUGUUUAGUCAUUAUCAGCUGCUUUUACGUAGGUGUGUGGUUGCAGAAAUCCGAAGAGAACCAAGACUGACCUGAUAUCUCACCAGCAAACCUAUCUUUGUCUUUUCCACUUAACAACGUAGAUGAAAUAUGUGCCUCUGUUUUCCCUCCUGGACAGGAAACCUGCUGAAAUCAGAAAGGAAAAACCUCGGCCUGGCUUGCAUUUUUCUUGGCAUGUGCACUUUCUUUCUGUUCUACCAUUUUUAACCAGGCAUAAAAUCGAGUGUCAUUGGGGAAAAAAAGGAAAGCAGAGGGUAAAAAGCCUUUUAAGGCCGUGGCCGGGACAGAGAAUGAUGUCAGAAGUAGUCCAGUGGGUGCGCAGUAACUCACAAGGAUUCUCAUGUCUGUGAUGUAAUGCUAACGGACCACGGAAGAAUCUAUCUGUGUCAUCUCAGAGCUGUUUUUAGGAUCUGAUCUUAUGAGACCCCUCCUGCCUAAGAUUGACUUUUGUGUUCCUGCUGAGCUCUAAUGUAGGUCACUAAAGAGGAUUCACUUCAGACCUGCAUUACUCUCACUUUUUGCCUCGAUUCCUCAUAUUGAGAGGAACACUUUUCACCCAAAUAUCCUGGUUAUUUCUUGUGCAGACAAAUAACGCUGUAUGGGGGAUGGAAAUCUCAGCAGAGUACACAAUGACAGGCCUUGUGGUAGUAAAAGUGUGGUGUGUGAAGGCUGCGUGAACUUAAUGGGUCUUUUUUAUGACAGGCAUGAACUCGUAGUGGGUCGAAAGUACUUAAAGGAAUACUUCAGCCACAAAGGAGAAGUUAGUCAGUGUUUACUUUCUGUUAUUACAUUAAAAGAGCAGGUUCGCUCUUGCACAACUCUUUGUCAGACUCAACACACAGUUUAAAUAGAGAAGGAGAGGGAUGGGAUGCUGCUGAAAAUAACUAAAUUACAUGUUUUGACGCACAAAGUAAUGUCUUUUAAAGGUCAGACUUUUCCUAACUUUGAGUAAAAACCUCACAGAGUUUCAGUUUAGGGCAGUAAUGAGAAAAAAUCCAAACGUCAAGGGACCGGAUCUGAAAUAAAUCUGAUCCAAUUGGUGUAUCUGUUAUUGGUGAUAUCGUGGAUGCAGCUGAUCAUAUGCAGGGCUUGAAUCCAUGCCAGUAUCGUAUCGUAUCGUAAAUAUUUUGAAUCAUAUCAUAUGAUAUCAUAUUGAAUAAGAUCCUGUCGUAACAUAUCAUAUAAUGUCGAAUCAUAUCAAAUUAAAUUGUAUGAGAUCGUAUCUUAAUCGUAUCAUAUUGCAUGAUAUUGUACCGUAUCGUAAUCGUAUGGUAUAAGACUGUAUCCUAUCUUAUCGUAUAAUAUCAUAUCAUAUCAUAUCAUAUCAUAUCAUAUCAAAUUGUAUGAGAUUGCAUUGUAUCGAAUUGUAAUCGUAUCAUGUCAAAUUGUAUAAGAUCAUAUUUUAUCAUAAUCGUAUUGUAAAAGAUUAUAUUGUAUCGUAUCAUAUAUGAAAUUGUAUGAGAUUGUAUUAUAUCAUAAUCGUAUUGUAUAAGAUCAUAUCGUAUGGUACCAUUUCAAAUUGUAUGAGAUCGUAUCGUAAUCAUAUCAAAUUGUAUGAGCUCAUAUCGUAUCAUAAUCGUAUUGUAAAAGAUUAUAUUGUAUCGUAUCAAAUAUGAAAUUGUAUGAGAUUGUAUUAUAUCAUAAUCGUAUUGUAUAAGAUCAUAUCGUAUGGUACCAUAUCAAAUUGUAUGAGAUCAUAUCGUAAUCAUAUCAAAUUGUAUGAGAUCAUAUCGUAUCAUAAUCGUAUUGUAUAAGAUUGUAUUGUAUUGUAUCAUAUAUGAAAUUGUAUGAGAUCGUAUUAUAUCGUAACCAUAUUGUUUAAGAUCGUACCGUAUGGUACCAUAUCAAUUGUAUGAGAUCGUAUUGUAUCGCAAUCUUAUCCUAUCAAAUUGUGUGAGAUUGUAUCGUAUUCGUAUUAUAUCACAUUGUAUGAGAUUGUAACGUAUCCUAUUGUACUGUAUCAAAUUUUACAAGAUCGUAUUGUAUCAUUUUAUAUCAUAAUCGUAUUGUAUCGUAUCGUGGUGUGAUGUGUCAGAUCGUAUCAGAUCGUAUCAUACUGUAUCUUAUUGUGCCUUGUGUUGUUUUGUAUCAUUUAACCCUCACCUGUUGAGCAGCAGAAUAACAAAAGAAACACUCAUGACUGUGUGUUUUCUAAUCCAGAAACAAAUCUUAGACACACUGGUUAAAUUAAAACUCACCUACAGAUCAGAACCCUUGAACCGUUCAGUAGAGGCGACCGUAUUCAUUGUUUUAUUUUCAGCUGAGCACAAGAAGCUAAAUGUCAUCGGUCAUAAAUGUUAAACCAAAACAUGGUUAAAUACUUAAGGGUAUUUUUUCUCCCGUCUCAGUGAAAACAAAUGUUUUACAUUGUUUUUCUCUCCAAGUAUUAGAGGAAAAAUCUUCAUAUCCAAAAAUAUUUCACUCUCAAAAGAGACAUGUCCUUGGUUACACUAUUUUUAGAAGUUAGAUAUGAAGGCCACAUUGUUUGUGAGAGUUAAAAAGACCUUUAGUAGUAGGCCUCCUUUCCUGUUACCCUUUGUACCCUGCUGAUUUUGUUUUGGAUGGCAGAAAGGACCAGGAUCUGAACUAUUCUUUGGCUAAUCUCCCAUAAUUGGACAAUCGGCCCUUAUUAUAGCCAUUAGAUUUGGGCCUGUUGAGCAAUAGUGGCUUGUCUGAUUCAUCCCAAGGCAAAACAGAGUCUACAGCCACAGCCACAGCUGCUAUUAUUAACAGGCCAAAACUUCAAGAAAGAAUAGCAUGGCAGCUUUUUUGUUUUUCUAUUGUGGGAAUGAAUGUGAUGGAUGUGUUUUGCCCCAACUCUGUAUCUUUAUAUGAAACUCCUCUGCUGUUAAAGUCCUCCCAACAAGAAACUGCAGAAGUGGCCUGAAAUGUUUCUGUCUUUCUGCUCCCUCCAGGUCUCAGAGGUCCCUCUAUACAUCUGCCAAAGAUGUGAAAUCACUCUUACCCCAGCUGACCCCUCAGUUACAAGCAGUGAGGCUCUGGAUGAGUAGGAAACACCUUGGAUCCGGUGCCUAAAGCGCAGUUUGAAGCUGCAGUAUAUGUGCGUGGCACAUUCUCUCCCAGGACUUAAACUGAGACGAUCCUGUGCUGCCGUGGAGUCCUGGGCCUCGUUCAAACAACGUAGUCCUCUUGACAUGUGGGUACAUUACAGGAAAAGGCCCAUACUACCCUCACUGGUGUCACCGUCUUCCACAUCACCAUGGACCGGAAUAAACGCAACUCCAUCGCUGGGUUUCCCACACGAAUUGAACGCAUCAAUGAGGACAGAGAUGGUGUCGGAGGGGUAGGGGUCAGCGAGACGGGCAUGGGUCCUCCUCCACAGGUCAGUGCUUGUUUUUAUGACAUAGAGAAUGCAUGACUUAAGACAGGCAUGUGUAUAAGUAUGUAUUAAGGAGGGUUUCAUGUUACAGUUUGACUUUCUCCUUUUUUGGCUGGAUGAAAACAGAAAAGUAACAUGAAGACAUCCUGAUAUAAAAGCGAAACAGUCUCAUAAUUCUGAUCAAACCGAGUCUGUUCCAGUCUGUGCCACCCUUUUUGCUGCCAGGAGGAGAAAACACUGAUUCAUUAAGUGAGAGUUAAGGCCUCUCAGCUUUUUAGUGGAGCCUCCUGUCUGAUUUAUUUUUCACGGUCAGGAACGGCGCCAAGAGUGUCACGUAUAAAAAUGAAGAAAUAAUGUAGUGUGAAAAACAAAAGACGCCCACAGACUUAUUCAAUGCCUUAAAAAGUUAAAUAUUUAGAUUAUUUUGGCCAAAUUCGUUUGAUCAAAAUGGGUCAGCAUCUUUUUUUCUUUCUUUCUCUUUUAUUAAAGUAAAUAUUUUCAACCCUGAAUGCCUUUUUAACCCCAAGAGGAAGAUUUUUCUGUUGAGCAGGACGGCGGAUAGCUGAUAUAUAAGGUGAGAUAUAGCCGACAUACCCAUAAAAAUGCAGAGAUAGUACCUCAUAAACAUGCACGAGUGCAGGCUUGCACACGCACAUUUGUACCCUGAGCAGCUGUGGAUUCUGUGCCUUGUCCAACACUAAAUUUACGCCACAGUUCAUAAAAGUUUUGCUGAAUAACUUUACACUGUUCAUCUUUUUCUUAAGCCUGUCUGCGAAAAUUAUUCAGUAAAUGAUCAACCAACAAUAAGGCUUCUGAUUUUUUGGGUUCAAGUCUACUUGAGAGCUGAUUUCAUGUUUGAUCCUAAAGACUCGGGUUUGUGUUUUCUUUCUCUCUGAGUGAGUGAAAUCUUCCCAUCAGCCUGUUCAUAAUAAUGAAGAUGAAAAGUCGUCUUCAUCUGUUGAUACCAGUCUGUUCCUGUCCUCUCCAGGUGGGCAGGGUGUGGCCGUCGUCCUACAGAGCCCUCAUCAGUGCCUUCUCCUGUCUCACGCGCCUCGAUGACUUCACCUGUGAGUGGAUCGGCUCCGGAUUCUUCUCUGAUGUCUUCAAGGUGGGUGGAGAUCUUAUCAGCCUGAGCCGUCCCUGUUCACUCCUUGAUUUUCUCCUUCUUCACUUGUCGUCUGCCUCUUUUCAUCUCUUUGUUCGGCCCUGAGAUCUCAUCAUCUUUUUCGUCUUUGCGUGCCUCGCUCCUUCCAUCCAUGAUCCCAGAGUGGCUCAUAAUAGGUCAGACGGCCUCUCGGGUCGCACAUACUCUUCAGACCUCAGGACUGGUUUCUUCUUCCCUGCUACGUGACAAAAAUCAUGCAAGUGCCACUUGUGCAAUAGCUGAGAUAAGAAUAUGACUAAUAUAAAAGGGAACUUGUGGUGCACAGCUUUUACAAGUCGAAGACGUUUAUAUUUGAUUGAACUGCAGUUAUCCACUUAAUCUGGUCUCAUCUGGCUGAUCUGUUGCUGGGUAAAAGCCUGAUCUAUCUUCCUCUUUACCCACUAGUCUCCUUUCGACAUUUUGAGGUCAAAUUAGACGCAAUCACUUCAUAGACAUCACUUAAUAUGGGGAUGUGAACCGUGAUCCUUUUGUCCCCUCCUCCCCUCCGAGGCAUGCACGUCGCACAAGCUUCUUUGGCUUUACAGACACGAGUAAAAACUCACUUUAAACAACCACAAGCAGAGAGUUGAUUUCACUUCAUUUUGGCGGCGUUAAUAAGGCCGCCAGGACCGUGUGAAAUGUUGGCACGGCUCAUCUUGGCUUAGAUAAACAGUGUGAAAAGACGACACGUCCAGGAAAGGAGCUGAGAAUAAAUAAUCAUGGCCUCGAUGGACUGAGAGCAUCUUCUGCAGAGUUGGUUUGCAGUGAUUGGACAGCUGCUUUUAUUACAUUAUGAUAAUAGAGCUUUAGUUGGUAUGUAUGUCAGUUGUUUUACAGUAUUGUGUUUAUGUAAGUCUGAAUGUAACGCAGAAACAGGGGGACACAUUACUUGUUGUAUCAUCUCAUGUGAUUACUUUUCCUUUCACUCUGUGUGUUUUUCAUUUCCAAUGUUCUUAGCCCACAGCAACAGCCUCUCUAUUUCACUUCCAUGUUAACAGCAGGUUCGUAUUGAGCUUGGAGUCUAUUUUGAAAUCCAGUUUCCAUUCAGUCCUCUCUCAGGCUUCUGCUCGGGUUGGGCUGAUUGAUUAAACUGCUGACGGCGUCUGUCAGCUGACGGCGGUGAAUGAGGGUUGUGGAUGAGGUGAGAAAAGUCCCAGGGUGGAAAUUAAGGCACAUUUUAAUUUGUAUAAACCAGCUGAGAAAACAAACAGGUAACUUGUGCAAAUUCACCGAUAGCGUCAUCUGUGUUUGACUCAGUCCACGUAGCAAAACUUUUUGACCAGUUUUUACUCUAUAAAAGAUAAAACUUUGGUCGUUAACUCUCAUUACAAAUCAGUCAGACAUUUUAUAUCACUGUCAUUCUCUCAUGGUCUUAAUGUUGAGGGCAUUGCAGCGUAUUUAUAACUCACGCACUUGCAAGUGUGUGAACUUCAGCGCAGCAAAAAUAAAAGAGCAGCGGUUUUAGUCGUAGCACUUUGUUGGUGCUGAGGGUAAAGAGUUAAAUUUGAUGCCAGCAGCAUAUCUAAAAACAGUUGGGCCAGGCGGAUGUUUACUAUUGUGUUGGAGCGCCUCUUCUUUUAGAAAUACUCUGUAAACAUUUGGGGACAGAGGAGGCUAGUUUUCUGGCGUUUUGAAGGUGAACUUUUGCAGCCUCCUUCGUUGUAUUUUUCAUCCCAUGAUGCACCAAAUGUUUUUACUUCACAGAUAAUAGAAGUUAUCUGAACCCCAUGCAGUGAUUUCCACUACAGAGUCAUGCCUGUUUUUUUUUUUAAUGCAGGGCUUCCUGAGAGCCUAAAAAUAAUGGCCAUCCAGUUCUGAUUUAAGCCUUGUUGAACUAUUAACUAACACAGUCUCUCUAAAAAAAAGUUUAGGACGCCCCGUUUUAUAACCAAUCAUGUUACCAACUUGUUGCUUAUUAGAAAAACUAAGUGAUGCUUUUUAUCAUUGCACUUUUUGUUGUCUUUUUUCAGCCUUUUUUUAACAUGGCAUUGGCGUCCAGUUCAAAAUGUGUAGGAGUGGGAGAGAAAAUCAAUAAAGCAUAGUAUCGUGAUAUUUUGUCUGGUGAUAUAUCGUAUCGUCUCAUUAACCAAGUAUAGAUUUUUUUCAAAUUAAUUGCUAAUAUGAAGCCAAUUCUAUGAUAAUGGAAAAAUAAAAUCAACUGUUUGUCCAGUGAGGUUGGCAGAGGUGACAUAAUAGAGCAGGAGAAGUUUAGUACAACAAAUAUAGCAAGAUAACAGCUACAUGAAAAUAAAAUACUGUGUAAAUAAGACAAACAUAACGGCAAGACAAAUUCUAAAGUGGCUCAACAGUUGAAAAAUUUGUAUAAAUUGCAAUAUAUUGUAUCACAAUACUCACUUUAUUGCAAAAUGUUAAAAAUUGCAAUAAUAUCGUAUCGUGGCACAAGUAUCGUGAUAAUAUUGUAUCGUGAUAAUAUAUCAUGGCACAAGUAUCGUGAUAAUAUUAUAUUGUGGCACAAGUAUCGUGAUAAUAUUGUAUCAAGAUAAUAUCAUAUCAUGGGGCCACAGGUGAUUCCCGCUCCUAAAAAUAAGCUUAUAUUUUUCAACAAACACCAAAACUUCUCGAUUUCACUCUUAAAUAUGAUGUUUUUGUUCUAUUUUGAAGGAACUUUGUGGGUUUUGAUCAACAUUUUUCACAUUGGGGUUGUAGAAAUUCACAUGAGGCAAUAAAAAAUUUUACUCAACCACUUUAAACACAAUUAAACAGAAACCCUGUAAAAUUACAAACAAUAAAACGCAACAAAACAAACUUUUAUUGUCACUUAAGUUAACUUGUUAUUCACGCAUGAGAGAAAUGAUCCGAAGCAGCGAGUUCAUGCAUGUUAAUGUUGGCUUACCCUGUGGCACGCAAUAUGAGCUUGGUUCAAGGGAAACGCCAACAGUUGGAUCCUGAAUCUGUACUUGUCAGGUAUUUAUUUAUGAAAAGGAGAAUUUUAGAGAUUUUGAUUGAUGGAGCUUUAACGCUGCCUCUGUGAUCUAAAUCUGGGGUGGACCUUCUGGGUCCGUAUUAUCUCCACCUGCUAAUGGGACAAAAUCAAAAUUUCCACCUCACCUGAUCAAGAUAAACACCCUUGCAUGGACCGUGCUGCCUGUGCACAUGCCAAUAACCACCUUAGCCUGUUGUUGGGUAGUGGAAAUAUCUUUUAAUACUUUUUUGGCUGUGAGAAGGAGGAAUGCAUAGGUAAACAGAGAGAGAGAAGAGGAAAUGGAGCAGAAUGAUGAGACGCCUGAAGGCACGGAGAAUGACAGACAGGGAGAGGAACAAAAAGGUGGUGAAAUUAAUGGCGAUGGAGGUUGAGGCUAAGAGGAGGAGGAACCAGACGAGGGGGAAAGGCUUUUGAUGCUAUAGAACUGGGUUGGCAAGACUUUUGAAGAGGGGUGAAAAAUGGAGGUUGAGAGGAGGUUUUUUUUAGAGUUUAUGGAUGAGAAGUGUUGGAGAAGAAGGUGAUUUAGAGGCUGUGUCCAGCCUGGGCAACAGGGUGGGGGAGCUGAGAGGAGGGCGGUGGGGCAAAAACCCUGCGGGGUAUGGCUCCUGAAACACGCACUUUAAAAAAUGAAAAUAUAUCACGGAGGUAAGUGUGGAUGAUCACAGAGCAGAAAAGCAGCAGGGUGAAAGAGAAAAAGAAGAACUUGGAGUUGCUUCGGGGAAGAUGAGGAUUAGGGAUGACAGUUCGUUGGAGGCCACAGCGAGGAGGAGAAAAAAAGAGGGGGAUCAGGACCAAAUGCAGAUGGGGGGAUGUGAAGAGUGAGGAAAAGGGGGGGUCAGAGGAGGAUAGACGGAUGUGGGGGAGGAGGCCCUCAGAGGAGUGGCCAUCUGUUGUUUCUGCUGUCCUGCGGUGGAGACUGUCGGCUCUUCUAGCCAGGCCCCUUCCUUUGAACUUGAACAGAGCCAUUUUUGUGUCUGUAUGAAUGAGACGGAGUAAGAGAGGGGGAAGGUACCCUGAAAACCCCCACGGUCUGAACCAAGAUCCAUCGUCUGCUUAUACUUAUUCUGCUAUACAUAGAUUUUCUGGUAACUAUAUGGAAUAUGUGGUUAUAAUAUUCGAUAUUGUGGUACUAAUCUGAAGUGAAAAAGUAAACAAAUAGUUGAAGACUGUGAAUCCAGUGUUUGUCUAAAUGAUGAAGGUGUUAUUUCAGUGAGAAGUGAAGCAGAUUAGGUGUGUUUGCAGCUCUAAUUUGACUAAAUGCAGCUCUCUUUUGCAUGGUUUUGCAUGGCACUUGACUUCUCAUCUGGCGCUCUUGAUAACGUGUGAAGAAGCUCUCUGUAGCUGAAGCCCGUCUAUCUAUAAACCCUACCAGAUUAAAACCUGCAUCAUGGUCUAAGUAUAUUUCUGCAGUCAGGAAGUGAGUUUGCAGGCUGGUAGGUAACUGUGUUUGCAGCAGCUCAGUCAUUUGAUGUGCUGUCUCCUGUGGUUUGCUGGUUGAUAUUUCCCCAUAUACACCAGCGCAGUCAGAAGAGCUCAUGUUCUUGGUAAUUAGUGCACUGUGUUGUGGUUUUCUGUAAAUACCUCAGGUCUCUUUAUAACUUUGAAGAGAUGCAGCAUGGGGCUCUGUGUACUUGAUAGUUACAGUUACUGACAAAUGAUUAGCAUUCGCUCUAGAUGCCAAAUUAAAGGUGUUAGACACUUUUUUGGCAACUGUGUAAUAACUGCUUGUUCUUAUUUGGCAUAAGCGCUUUUUUGCACAGACAGUUUUCGGAGUUAGACAAAUUUAUUGUUGUAGUUUUGUUUUUGAAGGCCAAAUCUAGAAAUAUGUAAAAAUUCACAGACACAUUUAAAACACAUCAGCAUGACAUCGGUAUCUGCAGAUAUGAAAGUUUCCCACAUAUAAUAUUGGACAAUGAGUAAUAGAGUCCAGGAUUUGACCUGUUUUAUGCCUGUUUCUAAAUAAAUACAUCCUCACAAUCAAGAGGAACAAGAACAUUUUAUCACAGUUAGGCUAUGUUCACACAUAUCUGAUUUUUUCAUGGAAGUGUGAACAGUGCAAUUCUGAUGUUUUCAAAUCUGACCCAGGCCUCUUUUGUAUGUGGAUAUAAAUUGGAUGUGUAUCCAAUGUGACUACAGUGUGGGCGCUCAGGUCGCGUUCGUCCGACCAAUUCGUCAUCAAUAUGCGACAAACGUCACCAUUGUUCGACAACACAAACAGGCGUGGAAAGCAAUUUGUGCUCAAGCGGGUCAUUUCACGGGCGCAUUCCGUUCACAUUAGAUGCUGCAUUCGUUGUUGUAAUGUGAACGACCGCACAAAAAGAUCGGAUUUAACAAAAAAAUCUGAAUUGUGCAUCAUAACCUGAGGUAUGAGCAUAGCCUUAGGGGUGUCCUGAUACAACUUUGUGACUUCUGAUAUGAUACUGAUAUUGUAGCCGUCAAUAUUGACCGGCACCGAUAUUGAUCCAAUAACAAUGACAAGUUUUUCGCUCAGCUGCAAUGUCUUUUUCAGACUUAAACAAAGAAUACUGCCACACAGCUGACAUCACUCCUACUCCUCGGUACUUUGUUUGUACUUUAGUACACACUGUUGUUGUGAUUUUGUGGGUUCAGCUCGCUGGAUCAGGGUGCUGCUCGGGAGAGUUGCCGGAGUGGAUUCUGGAAUGAACUGCUUGUAUCGGAGUGCUGAUAUUGGAAAUUUUAGAUGCAGGCCGAUAUAAUCCAAUUUUCAUUUUUUUGCUGAUAUCGGACAUCUGAUAUCAAUAUCAUAUUGGGACACUCCCAAUCACAAUAGAAACUUUUGGUUCUUUACAAUAAAUUUUAAAAAGUGCGUAUUUAUUGAUAUUGAUAUUACUGUUGGUCAAAAAGGAGUUGGAAUAUUGUCAAAUAUUCAAUAUCAUCCAUCCCUGUGUGAAGUAUAAUGAAAGCAGAAGAACCCGACCAAUAUGGAAACCCUCUCACUAACACUGAUACCUAUUUAUGGUGUAAAACAGUGACUGUAAUAUCAGAUAUGAGGCUGAUAAUGUUGAUUUAUAUGCUCGAGUUAAAAUAGACCCUCUUUAUUAUGGUGAUUUCAGGUGUAGAGCUUAAGACUGAGCUUUCUUGAUGCUUUUUUGAACAUUGUGUUUUGAUUAUUAUCUUUACACUUUUGUUUGCACAAGUUUGAUAUGUGUGCAGCAGACAGCGCUGAGAGUAUUCUGUUGUUUUUGCACCAAAAGGGGAACCGGUUGUAUUUGCAGAACGAUACUGAGUCCAGUUUUUUUUUGUUGUACAUACAGUGAAUAUGAUUUAGUUUAAUAAUGAUUCCCCCUGCUUUGAGAAGCCAAACUGUUUCGCUUCUCUUCCUGCAGUCACGUGUGUGCAACACUGUUCACUUCUGCAGGAUGUGUUUGUGCGUUGACUCGCCUUCCACCCAGGGCAUGCUGGGAAUGACUCCAGCUGACCGUGGAAGGAUGGAUAGACAGAUGCAUGGAUGGUGAUGCCAACAUGAUCUAACAACUGGAUGGAAACAAAAAUCCCAAUAAUAGAGAAUUGAUUGUGGAGCUCUGGAUUGACAAAUGUACUUAGUCAUGGCUUGUCAGGCGAGACUGACCUCAUUUCAGUUCUCUUUUCUGUGCUGUCUUCCUUUUCUGUUUCCUCUGUUUUCUUGCUGUGUGGGACAAAUUAUCCAUAAAAAAGAGCACAUUUCUGACAGUUUAAGGUCACACUGACACAAACAGAAAUCAACGCACCGUCCACAUUUUUGCAGCUACCAGAAGAAAGUUCACCUUGGGCAAAUAUCAGGAUUAAUCCUUUGUUUAGGUUCGCUCUCCUCUUCUUGAAACAUGAGACCUUUGGUUUGCUUUACAGGUUCGCCAUCGAGCGUCAGACCAGGUCAUGGCUUUGAAGAUGAACAAGCUGAGCAGCAACAGAGCCAACAUGCUGAGAGAGGUCCAGCUAAUGAACCGGCUCUGUCACCCCAACAUACUCAGGUUAGUAACACCCUGAAUCAUGCCGAGUUACAAAAAAAAAGUACACCUUUAAAUGCACCUUUAUGUCUGACUUGAUUAUCUUUUAUUAUAAGCUACAUUUUGAAAACCUAGAAUUCUCCUUGCACUGAUUAUUUAUAGAGAUUUCACCAUAAGCUAAAGACCUUUCUGUUGUUUUCUUGCAACAUCUGCCUCCUUCAGUUAAUUAGCACACAUAAUGCCUCUGUGCGCCUCCUUCUCUGCCCCCCUCCUCCUUCUUUAACUUGCUCAUGAGUCUGUGGUUAUGACCUGUUUCCUUUGGGGUUGGACAGAAACUGUGUCAAACACAGAGCCACUUCACGAUGUAUUUUCUAAACUGCCAGCUCCUGUUAGAGCUGCUGCAGACGCCCCGAGGCCAAAAGCAAAGAAGGCCCUCACUGUCUGAAGACGAGGGCUGUAGACAAUCGUGUUGUUUUUUAGAGAUUACGGUCAACAAGUAUUUGAAGAAGCAAAACACGACACUGUGAUGUAUUUUACACCUGACUCUGUGGUCUGGGAGUGAGACUUCUUUGUGGUCAGUCACUAUCUCUGGAGGAGUUGGACAAAAUCAACCAUUUCAUAAACUGAUCAUGUUGUGCACACGGCUUAUAAGCAUCUCCCAAAACACAAGUAAGUAAGUAAACUUUAUUUGUAUAGCACUUUUCACAGACAAGAGAGUCACAAAGUGCUUCACGUAGACCAAAAUAAAAAGAUGCACAUACAAAUUAAAAGGCCAAGACAACAACAUUUAAACAGUCAUAGUAGCCUCAAAAACAAUUAGACAAAAACCUGAGCAAAUAAAUAAGUUAUGAGUUGGCUUUUUAAGGAGUCAGCAGAAUCAAUUAAGCGCAGAGAGAGAGGAAGAUCGUUCCAAAGUCUGGGGGCAACAGCCUGGAAGGAUCGGUCUCCUCUGGUCCGAAAACGAGCGCGCAGAACCAUCAGUAGAUUCUGAUCCACGGACCUCAGAUAUAGGAUGGAGCCUGACCAUGCAAGGCUCUAAAAGUUAGGACCAGAAUUUUAAAGUUGAGCAGUUAAUAAACAUGCCGAAACCAAAACCAGAACUAUCUGAUUACUUAAUCUAGUUUUUGCUAAUCUGGUGAUCUUGUGGCUGUUAUAUAAAGUUAACAGAGAACUUCUUCUUCUAAUCAUCCGCAUUAAACAGUUUGACAUUUUAAGCUUUGGAUGAAAUGAAGAUAUUCUUCUAAAGUUGGUUAAAAUAAACCUUUAGCAGCAGUGAUAUGAACAAACAUGUUUUUCUGAACUCCUAUUUUGAGUUUUUAACUUUUGUUUUCGAUCGUACCCAAAAGACACAUUACACAACUGCAGCACAUUCAAAACAAUGAAAGCACUAUUAAUGCACUUCUAGGUAUUACUUAUUUAUAGAGCGUUAAGUGUUCGAGUUCGUUGAGAGCUUAUGGGCAAAUUAGAGGUCGUAUAAACCCAAGAGGUUUUUUAGACUUUAAGGAAACAGUCUUUGACACAAACUCAUAAUGUUAUAUAUUUAGGUCUGUUCUGUUGGUGACUUUAGCUUCUGUUAAUCUAGCAUUUGCUCGAUCUGAGAUUUUAAUCAUGUAUGUUUGUAGCUCUUUAUGAUGUCUCAUCUUCACCUGAAAGUAUUUAAGAGCUGCUAAACAAAUAAAGUGGCCUUGUGUCGUGUUUUAUAGCAGGAAAGGGAAAAGCCGGUCAACAAAAUAAAACAAGUUGACGACGCCAUGUGUCUACAACGCCCUGAAAUCCCUGUCAGGGCGUUGCGGUGGAAAUCGAAUACUGUUGGUUGCUCGUUUUUCUUCUUUUGAGCCUUUUUUUUCUCUCCUCUCCAGGCUCUUUAGUGUUUGUGAACAAGCACAUACAUGCAUACAUUUCUCUGCAGCUCUGCGUGUGUGUGCAUGCGCGUGUGAACUUGCACACACACACAGACACACACACACAGAUGCAGAGUAUCUUUUACAAUGCCAUCUUUGUUGAGCACGUCUAGAGGAUUGUGUGUGUUAACAAGCAGACACUGAGGGGGUCAUUGUUAACUCGAAUCCAGCAAGAACCCACAAAGUUGACCUUUUCAUUGCGCUCAGAUUUACGAGGCCUUGAGCUCUGCUGGUAAACAAAGUCGGUUCAUAUGCUGCUCUGCACACACAUUGUUUUACUUAAGGUGAAGGGGUGCAUGCUGCUCACUGGGUUAAGGACGUUUCCAACCUCGCAGGGUUUGGAGACUCUUACCGCCGACUGUUCAAAAGGAAGAGUUGAUGAGCUCGAGGUGGAUUUAUUCCAAUAAAGUUACACUCAGUUUAUUAGAUUUACACACAUGUGAGUGAGCAGCCUUAGCGCCUUAUCAGGAAUGCAGAAAUUGAUAGGCCAGGUAGAGGAGGACAUGAGAGGAAUGCAGGUGAAGCAACUGAGCUGUUAUUAUCCCGCUCGCAGACAGUCUCGCAGUAAUCACUUGUCUGGUCUUGCCCGCUGGAAUCUUAACCUUUUCUUAACUAUCCUUCCUGCUUUCUCUGUUUACUCGCAGCAGAGAGUGUCAUGAAAGUAUUGUAAUGUGUAUCAACUUGUAGUUGUUGACCUAACAGGAACUCAGAACUGAGUUUCAAACUUAUAUAGAUAGAGGAGAUGGUAAAGAAGAGAGAGUUUAUCGAGCAAUUACCAUUUGGAACACUUUACCGACAAUGAUCACGGAAGCACCUAGUAAGGCUAGUUUUAAGAGACUCCUUAAAAGACACCUGACAAAUUACACUAAUCUUAAUUGUAAUCUUAACUGACUUUUAAAUUUUUGUUUAAUUUGUUUGCUGCUUGUUUUUUUCUUGUUGUUUUGUUUUUGUUUUUGUUUUUGUUUUUUGUUUGUGGUUUGCUUUUACUGGACUUUUAUUGUCUUGAAUGACCUUUGCAAGACUUAACAUGUUUUAUUGAAUUAUGUAUUGUUUUGUCUUGUAUUGUAUUGUUUGUUUUAUUUGUGGACCCCAGGAAGAGUAGCUGCUACCUUGGUGGCAGCUAAUGGGGAUCCGUAUGAAUCAAGAAUAAAGAGUAAAGUUAUCUAUUCUACUUGAGUCUACAUGUCUCAGAGGUAAAAUUAUAACUUUUUGUGAAUAUUAUUUUGAACCUGAGUUUUGGUUUUGCAGGUUCAAAGGAGUGUGUGUCCACGAGGGUCAGCUUCACGCUCUCACAGAGGUAAGAAAAAAAAAUCAAGAACACAACAUUUCACUUUAGAGUUGGUGGAGCUGGACGUCUGUCAAUAUUUUCAGUGAGUGUUGUGAACAUGACCACAAAACUCUCAAAGCAGUGAGUCAAAAAAAAAACAUUUGAUAUGCAGUCUACAUUUGUUCCUAAUGAGGAUUAUUCAAACACUGACGGCUGAGGAUGCUCAAGUAGAGAGCCAUCAGUAAGUUCUUCCUUUCAUACAUAGUUACACUUUGCAGACUGUGUCAUUGGGAACACUUAAUGGGAAUAUGAUUCAAGGACCUGGGACUGAACCUCCAACCUUCCCAGGGAUGAUGAGCUCUCUCACUGAGCCUCAUCCAUCCCUGUAAGGUGCAGCACCUGGCAGUCUCCCAUCCACGUACUCACCAGCCCCAGCCCUGCUGAGCUCUCCAGAUCGGAUAAGUUUGGGCGUGUUCAGAGCGGCGUGGCUGUGAGCAUGUGUGAGAGCGCGCCAUUUACAACAGGGCUUUUACACAGUAUGUUCUUACUGUGUCCUUAAGGUGAAGAACACGUCAUCCCUGCGCACAACACAGCAGCCGCUCCAGCCUGUAAUUGUGGACAAACCAUUAGAACUGAAUGUCCUGACACGUGGGCUCCGUGUGUGUGUGUGUGUGUGUGUGUGUCUGUGUGUGUGUGUGUGUGUGUGUGUGUGUACGUGUGAGGGAGAAUUUGAUACAGCAGCUAAUAAAAUCCUCCAGAGAUGCUUAAUGUUAGGACUGACACCAUUAGGGUUACAGUGAGGGAUGUUUUCUGGCUGCACAAAGCCUAUAUUUAACCGGAGUGUGUUUAUCUGUGCGUGUGUGUGUGGUAGUGGGGGACAGAUUAGAUUGCAUUAGUGGUAAUCAUUAAUUUGUCAUGGAAAACUGUUGAUAAGCAGCUGAUAUUAUUACCCCCCUAAUUAGAAGAAUCAACACGAGAAAAGUAGGGCUCUACUUUUGUGGACCGGGAGGAGAUGAAGAGAAAAAGAGUAAAUAUGAAGUAUGAUAGAAGAUGGUGUGUUGAUAUUGCGUUGACCCAUGGCCUGAGUGUUUGUGAUGAUUCAUAAGGAGUUGAAACAUCUUUGAAAGAUAAUUUCUUAACCCUUAAGGUCCUUACACACCGGGAACGACGCAAAUAUAUAACGCAAAUUUACGAAAUAUUCGGAGGCGAAUUUUGACGUGCCUGACUUUACACAUCAAAUGCGAUGCGAUUUUACGUCCCAGGUGGAAGCGAGAAGACUGACAUAACAGCAGACUGACUGUUUUUCAGUUCUGAUUAGACUCUAGUGUUGAGAUGUCUGUCUGUCAUGAUAGCAUGUACUGAGUUGGGGCCAGUACCAGAUAAGCACAUUAAACUAUAAUUCAUAAACGUAAGGUAACAACCGAGACCUAAUGGUGCUGUGACAGUGAAAAUACAUAUGGUAUGUUGUAUCUUAACAGGUUAGCUUACGAGCUAAAGUUACUUAGCACAGAUGAAAGUUAAAACAAAGACGUUUAGCAAACUGUUAAAGAACACAAACCAUCGUCAUAUGAGAAAUCUGAUGCUAUGACUCUCCACAAGUCGUCCUUCAGGUCGUUAUCUUUGUAAUAUUUGUGUCUUUUAUCAAAAAUCACUCUGUUCUCCGACACGUAAACAAUCAGCCAGUCGGCCAUGUUGGAUAAUCGGUAAAUCAGACGUCGCAACAACAUGCAAUCUGGUCAGAAGUGGACACACAGUAUGCAAAACUUAAGAAAAUUUGACUGUGGUAUGAAAAAAUAUACGCCGCAAUAUCGUCGCUGAUGUGCAUGCUUGUAUUGACAGGAUACGGGUUCGAAAAAAAAUAUUGACGUCUGAAAUAAUCGCACGAAAAAACGCUCCCGGUGUGAAAGGACCUUUAGAGUCAUAUGGACACAUUUUUAGACUAUUUUCAUUUUCAAAAAGAAUAUUUCUGACCCCUGGACAGAAAUUUGAAGCUAAUUUCAGAUUUUCUCGUCUUGCUUUAUCCCCCUGCCGUUUAAGUGGACAUUCAUUAAAGUACGGCGACAGCUCAGCACACAUCAAUACGAUUUGCACUCAUGCACAAAGGUCUCACACACAUGCACCUUUUUCACAGCUGACCCAGUGACUGAAGAAGGUUUGCUGUAAACAUGUUUGUGUUUGAAUGCACAGUCAGUGGGGAGAAUGCAUGCAAAUGUGGGCAAACAGAACAAAACAUGCAAUUCAUCCGACACUGAAGAAAGAACACACUGUUAAAGAUGCUUACAGACACACACACACACACACACACACACACACACACACACACACACACACACACACACACACACACACACACACACACACACACACACACGUACUGGGUUACACUGCUGCAGUGCACAGUGAAGGUCUUUAUUGUUGCCUUUACCAACAAAGACAACAGUGACUUUCUGCAGCUCCAUAUCUAAGCAUGCUAAAUCUGCUUCCUAUGCUCUUGCAGAGUGAAUCCAUACACUGUGAGAAGAGCGUCUGAGUCUGCACUAACACACGCUGCGGUGGGUCUUUUUUUCCUGCUGCAGGGUAAACAGAUCCUGUUGUGUUGUGUCAGGUCCAAACUGGCUUCUGUGACCCUGGUAGCAGACUCGUGCUGUUUUGUUACCUGACCCCCACUAUGAGGCCGUGCUCAGAGGAAAUGGAGAAUUAAGUUACUGCGUGGCCCCAGGCUACCUCCAGAACCCUCUGUGCGUGGGACGGACAGAUGCACACGUGUGUGAAUGUAAAAGCACACUGCAAGAAGCAACGAAGGCUAAAUAAAACUUCACUCAUAGAUAGUUUUAGUUCUUUUCAUGACCAUUACGCAGAGGGAUUCAGGGGCUGAUUAUUGGUUUGUGUGUAUAAUCAGUGAGUUCAAUGCUAACAAAAACAAGGAUUUAUGCUGCGUUCCAGUUGUACUAGGAAGUCGGGAUUUCUGAGCUCUGAGUCGGAAAUUCAUCUGGAACGCCCCCCUGAAGUCGGACCCCAACUUGACAACAACGUCAUAAUCCAAGAUGGCAGCACAGUGCAUCAAUAGUAAAGAGUAAAAGUGAAAGCUCUCGUAAUGUAUUAUUUAUUAGCACUUCUGUUUUGUUUUUGUGAAAUUAAAUAAGUAGUAUAUGUUGUACUGCCCAACGUCUAUACAGUCUUUGGAAGCAACAUUACAACAUAGCAUAAGCAGUUCAGAGAGAGGAGGGCAGGGAGAGGAGCGGGAGUGUGGAUUUGUGUGUGCCUGAAAAGCCAAGGGACAGAAUAAGCAUGAUCAUGAGUGUGCAGAAGUGCUAACAAGUCACUUAAAUGUGUGUGAUGCAGAUGUCAAAUCAUGCUAAAUCAUUUCUUAUAAUCCUGAUUAUGAUUCUUGCAAUCACCGAGCAGCCCUAGUCACUGUGUCUCCAUUUAAAGGAGCUGCUGCUGUCACUCCCACACUGGAGUAAAGCACGUGUAGUAUGUUGUAAACUCCACUUGUCCCAGGCUGAAGCUGAGCAAAAGUCAACAUGUCUGGAGAAGAAAAUCAAGAGAGUGACAGGGAGUGUGAGCGCAGGAGGGAGGGAAAGCUUCUGCCAAUGUUGAUGCUGAAUGAACAGGAUGAGGAGAAUCACGGACAAAACUUGAGUAUUUAAAGGAAAAGUUUGUGACAUGAUCUCAGGGAACAUGAUCUCUAAGGGCAGUGUUUUAACUGGCCUGAGUGGACGAGUGAAACGUGCAGUCAGCUGGCCUGGAGUCUGUCUGUCUGUCUGUCUUGUCUGUCUGAGUUAGUCAUGCCUGUAUUAUGACAAAACACCCGAAAAUUAAAUAUAUUCAGCGCCAGAAUGAGGUGUUUCUAACACUUUUUAAUAUUUCUUGCCUUUUUUUUUUACACUGAAUAUAAAUUUAAACUGAAAUAAAUGUUAAUAUCCGCAAUCUAGUGAAUUUCUCUCAAAAGCCCAGCUAAGAUACAAUGAUACAUCAAAUUUGUUGAUACCCCCCUCUCUCUCUCUCUCCGCUGCACCUUCUGGUCUAGAUUAUCGAGCUCAAUCCCGCACUAAUGCACUUUACCAGAAAUGCAUCUGCAAUCAUAAUCUGAGCGAACGGUAAGUCAUGACCCCCGGCAGGAUUAUACCGCUGUUUGAAGCUGCUUCCUGCAGCAAACAACGAUCCUUUGUUUAGUUGAACCUGAAGCACCGACAGUAAUUUUCCCAGCGUAGUUGUAACCGGCCGUAUGUUUCUCAUUUCCUUUGCACCCCAGGUAAUGCAUGAUCACAGAGAGGCACAUGUAUGGCUCAAACAUGUGCUAUGUCAAGUAAUUACUGCAGUGUAUCAGUAACUUCACAAAUAGGAUCAGGUAAAUUCCAGGGGAAAAUACCUUGCCUGAAUAAGAGGCUUUUUUGAACAAGAGUUAGUUUUAGUUGACACAGCAGGUGCACUCUACUGCUAAACCGUGUGAUUUGCAUUUUUUCACCAGAGACACUUUGUACUCGCUGCAUUUCCCAAAGCAGCGAUGUGUGAAGUCAAAGCGGCUGCUAUUCUGAUCCAAACUAAAAUGAUGAAUAAAGGAAGUUGGAUUAGUCUGAGUUUGACUUACCUUCAGGAGCGUUUUCCCCCGUUAACCCGCCUCCCCUUCAGCAGACAGCAGAUGUUGAACUCUGUGGCUACUGAGGAAUUUGUUGUAUAAAUACUUUAAUCCUCUGAUGACUUGAAAUGGGGUGUAUUUGUGUGCGUGUCAGGACGUUUGAUGAUAUAAGGAGCUCAACCUUUUGCAAACGGGGGUUAAAGCAUUGCUUUAUAUCGUAAUUGACGAAUCCUCUGAAUUUUUUUGACUUUUCAAAAUAAGAGCAACAGAUCGUUAUACCAGUACUCACUUACCUUAAAUAGAAAAUGUUGCUUUGGCUGCAUGAACGGAUCUUAAAUAAGCAAGAGUAUGUGAUUGUCUGCUCAGUGCUACUCCAUUUAAAACUAGGGGUGUUCCAAUAUAACAUUGAUAUUGAAUAUCGGUCCGAUAUCAGCAAAAAAAAAAAGAAUAUUGGAUUAUAUCGGCCUGCAGCUUAGAUCCCGAUAUCAGCACUCAGAUACAGUGGUCCAUUCCAGACUCCACUCUGGCACUUCUAUCCUGCAGCGCCUGGAUCCAGCAUGUAGCGCCCAUGUGAUCACAAUAACAGUGUGUACUGAUGCUGCGUUCGAGUAACCUCGGAAGUCAGAAGUCCGAGAUGAAGAUGACGUUUCACCGGAGUUACUAGCGUUUCAGUUACUGGAAAAAAAGCAAAAUCGGAGUCGGAAACAAGACGGCUACAUCUACGAAAGUUAUUUUAGCGCUUGUCUUGUCAGAAUAUAAGGCAAGCACUAAAAUAACUUUCGUAGAUGUAGCCAUCUUGUUUCAGGCUUUCGAUUUAGCUUUUUUCCAACUUCGUAACUGAAAUGCUGGGAACUCAGGUGUGACUUCAUUUUCAGCUCUGACGUCUGACUUCCGACGUAACUCGAACGCAGCAUAAGGCUCUAACAAAGUAGUAAGGAGUAGUAGUGAUGUCGGCCUUGUAGCAGUAUUUUCGUUUCAGUCCAGAAGAGCAGCUGAGUAAAAAACUUGAAAUGCACAAUAUCGGAUCAAUAUCGGUAUCGGUCAAUAUUGAAGGAUACAAUAUCUGUAUCAUAUCGGAGGUUAAAAAGUUGUAUCGGGACACCCCUAUGAAUAACAUUACUGAGGUCAAGAGUGCAUGGAAUGGUCAGGUUACGAUGAGAGCGCCCUCUGCUGGAUCAUACAAAAAGAUACUUCAGGCGGCGUAAUUUUGAGAUUUUACCGGCUGAACCACAGAAACACUUUAGAUACAAGCAGCAACGGAAAAGUUGUGAGGGAUGUAAACAUGGAUUCAUCUGGAAAAGUCACGCACAGCUCAAGGGGAAUACGGACAUUUGUUUUUGUAAAGCAGCUUACAAAGUCCACAGAGCAGAAUCUGAUAUUGUCGGGUAUAUCUUUAAACUCAUUCUUCAAUUUUUCUUUUUACGUUAGUUGUAAAAUAUACAAAGAUGAAGAAGAAAAGAAUCCGAUCUGCUCGAAAGUUCAUUUUUGUAGAGAAAUAAGAGUCCACCUCCAGUCAGCAUCAGCCCACAACCAAACCAGACCAUCCCAUUAACCGAGCACUAUCUCGUUAAUACUGGUGAUUAUAUUGUGUGAAAACAGAUUAGUGCGUCUGUGUGCUUGCAUGCGAGCAGCGAGGUCAGACAAGUUCUUCUGGAUCAAAGCUGGAAGACAGAGUGAAGGACCCUCAGAUACGUCUAAACCCUCUGAGCUGAUUUCUUGGCUCGGUCAGACGAUCUACUCUCUUGCACGCAGAGAACUAGCAGCUCUAUGAGCCAGAUUUUAUCCAGCCAGUUGGUCGAUACCUCAGCCAGCCUACAGGCCACCAGGCAGGCCGUCUGUGACCCAAACCACCCACCAUUGGUCCUCACUGUGAGCCAGCUGGACAGGCAGUUGCUUUGUUGUCAUGUUUGUAGCUUUAUGUGGUUAGACCCACACUCGAUAACUCAUUAAUUUUCAGGCCGUCUAUGCUGUCCGUGGUUUUAUACUCACACUUGGUUCAAACAUCUCACAUUCAGUUCCUGUGAAAUGUUGUUCGGCAUUUCCUGGCUCACUCACAUGAUAACCACAAGCGGCUACUGAUGAAGGUUUUUCUCAUCAUAGGGUUACAAUGUUAGUCCUGCAGGAUCUUACUUUAUCCUCCCUUCGUUGUUUUUUGAGACUUUUUUAAUGUUAACAUGCUUCAUUGGUUUCUCCAUCUCUCUUCAGUACAUCAACGGUGGAAAUCUGGAGCAGCUUCUGGACAGCAACAAACACCUGAGCUGGCCCAUGAGAGUGAAACUGGCCUGUGACAUCGCCAGCGGUCUGGCCUACUUGCACUAUAAAGGCAUAUUCCACCGGGACCUCACCUCCAAGGUCAGCCAGACGGGUUAAUUGGUUAUUGAGAAGAGAAACCUAAGCUAAGAAUAGAAGUUCAGGCCUAGCUUUGUCGCUUUCUUCAAGCUUUGCAUUUUCAGACUGGUAACUGUCUGUUUUGUGGUUCGUGACUUGCACAGUUCAUUCUCAAUCUUAGACAGCUCAGGAUAAGAUAUCAUUAAAUGUUUUAUACAGACGGUAAAGUGAUCCAGCCUCUGGACUUGCCUGUCUGCUCUUUGACUUGAAAACCUGUUAAUUUCUCUGUAAAAGAACACGGUGUCACAGUCAGAUGUGAUGAUGAUCAGUACCAGGCAGUGUCUAGCGUUCCAACUUGACCGGAGGCCAUGUUGGCAUGGAUCUGGCAUGGAACAGCACAGGAACAGCAUGCACUCUGCUGAAAACUCAUCCCCGCUCUGAACCCUGUUUGUCAGACCUCACUCAGUCGAAGCAUCUAUCUAUCUAUCUAUCUAUCUAUCUAUCUAUCUAUCUAUCUAUCUAUCUAUCUAUCUAUCUAUCUAUCUAUCUAUCUAUCUAUCUUCCUACUAACCUUCCUACCUACUACCCUUCCUUCCUUCCUUCCUUCCUUCCUACCUACCUACCUACCUACCUACCUACCUACCUACCUACCUUUAUUUAUUGUAUUAUACCUUUGAUUAUUGUAGUUCACUGUUGCCUCCCUCUAUAUUAUAUUUUACCCUAAAAACCUGAUCCUGGUAGUCAGGCUUUCUAAUGAUUUGUUAAGGUUACGUUAUUUGUUGACAUAGUUUCCAUGACAACCCAGCACCAGUUGACACUCUGUUUUGUUUAUAAUGUCAGAAUUUACACAGUGUGAAGCACCGAGCCUGUUGUGUAACAUCUCUGAAUGUCUCCAUAGUUCCUAUUUUCUGUAAACAGACGAUGAGAUGUCCGCACAGUCGAAUAUUAUCGAAGGCUUCACUUCAAUCAGGAAGUGAAGGUUUGCCUGAUAGUUCUGAGCUGCUAACUUUUCUUCCUUCCAGCGUCACGACUUCCUCCACUUCACCACGCUAACAUGAAAACGAUAAUGUUUUUCUCUCCUUUCGCAGAACUGUCUGAUCAGAUGUGACGAUAACGGCUACACAGCAGUGGUGGGAGACUUUGGCUUGGCAGAGAAGAUCCCCACCAAUCUGUAAGGAGCUCUCCGCUCAUUACCGCUCACAGCUAGACCUUCAUGUAUUCACAGAUCAGGCUCUUUUUUCAUUCAAAUGUGUAACUUAUGUAACGCACUAAUCAGUCCUUUCCCUAUUGACGCCGUCGAUUCUCAUGAAUGUGUCGUAUAAAGGAGGCUGUCGCUGAACUCUUGACUUGACAGCGCUUUGCAGAUGCUUUAGUUCGCCCUUCUGGUUUCUGAUGGCUUAAUUACUCUGCGGUUGAGUCUCAGCUGUCCUCACCGGCCCCUGUAGACUCAUGGGCUGUAAACAAAACCUUCUCUAUGUGCUUUACUGGCCGAUCACCAACAGUAAACAGACAAUUAGCGGGUGGCGGAUGAUCACGUAGUUAUCGCCCGAACUAAAAGAUAAGUAGAUGUUGGACUUAACAGAUUUCUUAUGCUGUGUACUUGAUAUACAAACUGCAACUAGCUUAUGUGUUACUAUCAAAAAUUAAAUAAUACAUUUAUAUUGUAGAUGUGCAACAAUCAGCAGGUUUUGAUGAUUUCUAUGCCCCCUAGUGGCUAAUAAUGUGGCAGCUUUAAGGCAAACAUCUGUACAAUUUUAACAUUACAGUUCUUACAGUGAAACUUCCCAUAUGAGGUGGGUUUACUUUUCAAAAUUCACAUAUAAAAGGCAGAAAGUAACUUCUCCAAAGUGCCUUUUAAACACAAAUAUAACAAAUGCAUUGCCAAAUACUUCACCCUGUCUCUUAUCUGGAGUAAGUCGUCAUUUACACACAACGUCCCCGGGGUCGGGUCAUGUUGUUUACGGGGUCAAACUGAGUUCACAUGAAGCCAUAAGGAGAACUAAACAUUUAAUCUUCACCUCUGUGUUCAGGAUUUCAUGACAGUAUUUAGCAUGAGUCACCUCAAAGACUCUCAAGUGUGUCACAUAAUCCGGCGCUUAAACAUCAUCAUAGAGCAAAUACAUGAAACGUGUUUGAAAUAACCUUCGUCGAACCCUGUGUUUGUUUUUGUAGCGCUGAGAAGGAGAAGCUCUCAGUGGUCGGUUCUCCUUUCUGGAUGGCUCCUGAGGUGCUGAGAGAUGAAUCCUACAACGAGAAGGUAACGUCACCUGCUUUUACAUCUAACCUCCGCCACCAUAAAGCGAGAACAGAUGUCAGCUGAGAUUGUGUUUGAUAUAAACUCAUAAAAGUUCAUAUUUCUCUCGAUCUUGUUGUGUUUUCAGGCUGACGUCUUCUCCUACGGUAUAAUCUUGUGUGAGAUCAUCGCGAGGAUCCAGGCCGACCCGGAUUUCCUCCCUCGCACCGAGGUGACUGCUCAUCAACUUGUCCUCACAGUCAUCCAUCCUCCUGUUUGCUUUGUACACAGGAUGAUCUGUUUGUGUCCCGCCAAUGAUACCCUAUCCUACCCUAGUGCCGCGUAACAAUCACAUGACUCAAAGUUUAUUUUUUUAUAGGGAGAGGAGAUUUCAACUCUUUUCUGUAUAAAAACGAUUGGAUGUUGAUGUUGAAAACCUAACAUAGUUUUCCCUUAAAUUCACCCGUAUCUUGACCCUCUAAAUUUUUACUCGGCAAAGAAGAAACUCUUAAGUUUUGAUCAUUUGCACAAACGCAGGUCUAGAUUGUCUGAAAACAUUUCUUUGAAAGCAGCUUUUUCCCUCAUAAUUACAAACUAAAAUCAGAAAAAUGCACCUCACUGAUUUCAGACGCCUGCAGGAUCACUUCAGAGGAGUUAGUCUGACAUGAAGUGCGUUUCUGCAGAUUUAUAGUGUCCGUCUUUAUCCCGCUUUUAAAGUAAAUAGGAAUUUCCUGCUCGACUUGAAUCCAUCCAUCUCUUCUUCUCUCUCCCUCCGACUUUAACAGAACUUCGGCCUGGACUAUCACACGUUCCAGCACAUGGUCGGAGACUGUCCGCCUGACUUCCUCCAGCUGGCUUUCAACUGCUGCAAUGUGAGUUGAUGAUUAUAUAUUAUAGAUGAUUAUUACAAUCUUAUGUAAUCUUGUGUUCCUGAAGGUUAAAUCCAUCUAGACAACGAACUUUGUGCGUUAAAUGAACCGUCUCUUUGUUGUUUUCCUCGAUUCCUCCGCUUGUGUUUUUAAUUUCUUAAGUAACUAUUAAUCACUUGUUCAGAAAUAGAGGGGCAAUCUGAUUAUCUGAUAAUCUGAUUGAGCUCUUUGAGGGAGAGGGAAAGGGGGUGGGGGGUGGUGGGGGUCUUACAUUUAAUAAAAGCUGGAUCAGCUGCUCACUCAGGUCCUCGUCAUCGUACAACAUUCAUUCGAGUCUGAACAGUAAGAGUACAAAACUAAAUCAAAUACCUUUUUAAUGAGUUUGAACCGCUGUAGUUUGCACGCACUCUGUUAGAAUUACUGAAGUAGAUUUAAGUCGAUUUAUUCGUCAAAAUGACGAACAGUAAAGGGCGAGGGAUUUAAAGGUUUGGGGGCACCCUGCUGGUUGAGCCUCUAUCCCCUCUCAUCCUUGUCUCUUGUCAUCAUCCUCUUCUCUACUGUCUUCGUCUCCAUCAAUAAUCCAGUUUACAGUUUUACAUUUUUAUAUGAAAGUGACUUGCUGUGUUAUCUCAGUCCUGUUUUAUUUAUAAGUGGCUUUAGUUUGGUGUCUAUUAUAUGAAAACUUAAUCUUGUGUUUUACUUGUAUGAACGAGGUUUGAGCAUGUGUUUCAUUUGGACUGCUAAAGCUCAUCAACAAUCUCCCUUCAGAUUUCAUUGAAAACUAACAGGAGAACUUUGAUGUCACUUUAAUAAUGUUCAUAAUAAUUAACUAAUAAUUAACUAUUCAGCUCUUGGACACUAAUGUCUUUAGGGACAUGAUGAAAGUUAAUAUCAUAAUUAACUUUCUUACGAGAUAACGCACACACUUGUUCCGAGAUUGUCCUCUCUGUUAGUCAGCCUUCAUAGCGGGGUUGGAGCUUAGAUUUGUGAUGUAGGAAAUCUCACUGUGUCUGAGUCUGCUGUUUGGGUCUGAUUACUCAAUUAAUCAAUGGAAUAUUCAGUAGAACACUCAAUUACUAAAGUAUUCGAUAGCUGCAGCCCUAAUAGAAAAGCACCAUUUUGUAUGUUUUCUGAGUUCAGCAUGUAACUGUGAAUUCAUCUCACUCUUCUCUGUGUCUCCUGUUCGCCCAGAUGGACCCAAAACUACGUCCAUCCUGCCAGGACAUCGUGAGGCACCUCGAGGAGAUCCUCGCACGUCUCAAAGUCGAAGAGCUGGUGCACGAGUGUGUUCCUCUGAGCGUGGAAAACGACAAGAAGAGCAUACCCAAAGGUGACAAUGAUACGAGGACGCGCUUUCAUGUAGUCGUGUAUUUGGUGUUGAACUUCACUGAAACUUCCCGUCUCUCUCGUCACCGGUUCCUCUUACAGAGCCGACUGUUGCUCACGUUUGUCCAGUAUGUUGUGUUUACUCUGCUAAACACGCUAAACACACAACCAGGUGUGUUAAAACUGGACUUAAAUACUUUUGAAGUCCUCAGUUUAUCAGAGGAGGUCCAUCCUUAUUACAAGAGUGAAAGCCCAGUUACUUAUUUAAGGACUAAAGAGGCUCUGGUCGCUGAUAAUAAGAGAAAAGUCAGUCUGUCUGAGGAGGGAAACCGGUCCAGAGUCAGGACUCCCAUAAUGAGUUACUGGAUCCACGCAGGCCCAGGUUUCACUUCUAAUCUGGUCGAGAGUCCAGCUGCCUGCUGGGACCAGCGUGGAGUCAGGAGGCGGCGAUGAAACGGCUCCUUCCUCUCUAUCCCGGGGUGUAUGAACAAAAACAGUCAACAUUUGAUAAAAGAAGAUGCAGGAGGGUUCGAUACUCAAAACAAACACUUUUUUAUCACUUCUUAGUCUUGUGCUGUAACUCCUGAUGGAGCAACAUGAUCUUAAAACACAGCCAUGGUUUGUUAGCAGUAAAUAUUUCUCAUACAUAUCUUUUAUUUUGUGAAAAACACAAACCUGAUCCGACAGUUCUCACUCCUCGUCUGCUGUAACACAACUUCAUGAGCGUCUCCUCCUGCUGCUGCCCCCUCCUCCUCCUCCUCCUCCUCCUCCUCUAGCUCGCUCUCUUUUAGUCUGAUAACAUCAACAUUUCCUGAAAACCAGGAUGAACCUCAUCGAGGGGAAUAUUUUUCUUGCAUAACAGAUUUUAAUCCAAAUAUUUUAAUAGACCGGCUUUUGUGGUCCUCAAGAGUAAAGCAGGCACUUAUUCCAGUCGUUUCCUGGCAUACGUGAGACACACAAUUCCCUCAGAAGUACAAGAAUAGUUUGUUAUGAAUGAUAAGAUGUUUCUGCGGUGAGCUCAUUGUUUAUUUACCUUCUACUUCUGCAGGUUCAACCACACUUUAGUGGAGAUUCCUUUGUAGUUAAACUCAUUAAGUGGCUUUUGUGAUGUUUAAGAAACUCAGGAUUGAGUCUGUGCUGCCUCCUAGUGGUACCUUAAAUUAUCUUUGAACCGUCGGGGCACCAAAGGACAAUAUUUAUGUGUUUUUCUUUCUCAAAGGUGACAAGAUCCAGGGCUUCAAGCGGCUGAACCCCCUCGGUUUCCAGGAUGAUAAAAUUCCUCCUAAAUCUCCCCGCCCCCGACGAAACAUCUGGCUCAGCCGCAGCCAAUCAGACAUCUUCUCCUGCAAAGCAGGAAGAAAAGUCAACGUCCAGGACCCUUACUACAACCCCCCUAUCAAUCAGCGGACUUCCAAAGCUCGCAAGAUCAACCCGUUCACCGCCCGAGAGGACCUGUGCGGAGGCAAGAUCAAGUUCUUCGACGUGCCCAGCAAGUCGGUCUUCUCCCUGGUGUUCGACCUCCACUCUCCUCCGGGGAGCGCGUUCAGUAACCAGCCGUCUUCGCACGGAGGAGCACAACAGGAGGCGUACUACUGGCAACAGCUGCCAGGAAGACAAUGUCACUCCUUACCAGUCUCACCACAGCUGCCCCGCUCUGAGGUCUUUCACCUGCCGGCUGCUGUGGGCUCCAACAACAACGGCACGGUUACCUGUAACUCCAGCCAGUUCUCCACAACGCUGCCAGGUGAGUUCAGGAGGACGCAUGAUCUCUAAAACCUGCUUCAUAUACCAAUUAAAAACUCACAGCAGCAGCUAAUUGUAACUAGAUUAGAUUAGAUUAGAUUAGAUUAGAUUCAACUUUAUUCCUGAACGACACGGUGGAGCGGCGUCUGUCUCACAACCAAUCAGGUUGGGGGAGGCGGGGAACGGCUUUGUUUACAGUCAGAAAGAGCGGAGCGCUCUGAAAUUUUAAAAUGUUGACUACACAGACAUAACAAAACACAGGGAUAUCGCGAUAUUCCCAAAGGUCAUCAAUAACUAAUAUCUAUUGACUGAUAUUAAAAGCUUUUUUGUAUAUACACCACAAAAAAAGAUGUUUCUUUAACGGAUUCCUGCCUACCCCACCUUUAAUGCUUAUUCAUGAAACAAGCACAUCAGCAGCAAAAUCAUUGAUUAUUAUAACAUCAUUUUUAAUCCCUGAAAAAAUUUCCUCAUAAAAUAUUCACAUUACACAAUACGUUUGACCGUCAGAAAGUCGUAAUUCAAGCAAGUAGACGACAAGAUAAUAACGACUGUUUUGUCCACACAAAAUUGACAGUUCCUCACAGGAGCUUUAAACAACCUUAAAACUCAAAUUAUGAUACCUCAGCUUUAAAACGUUGGUGUGACAGUCAUAGAGUAGUUUGAUUUGUCUAAAUGACCUACAGCCUUUAAGUGUAAACAUGAUUUUAGACGUCUUUGUGUGCCUUUAUUGGAGAGGGAAGGAUUGUGGGUAGAGCUGGAAAUGAGGAGACUUUCUGCGUUGAGCUUGUCAUAAAAAAGGGUUUUAAAAAUAAGAAUUUACACUAUGAGGAAAAGACUGAAACUUGUCCUGUUAGGUUUUGUUUUAAUUGUUAAAAAAGUGACUUUUCUACAUCUUUGUUCUAAAGAGGUCAAACAAAACUCAGUUGCACAAACUUCACUUCCUGUGUACACAGAAGUGUGACUGAGGCCUCUGUGUCGUCAAAUUAGCUCAUGUUAAAAACUGCUUGACCACAAGUUAUCGGAUACUAAAUAUGUCACUUAAGACGAAGGUAUGAUGUUGAUUUGAAAGGUCAGAGUGACACUUCCUUUCUUCUUUUUUGUUUCGAGCUCAUUUUUGACCCAACAGUCCUGCACAGAUAUUGUUUCUUCUUCUUCUUUGCGAAUCUUAAUCUGCAGCUUUUGUAUCAGCGUUUGUUUUCAUUCUGCAGGCAGAGAGUUUAAGAGUUGAUCAAUGGCAGAAAGUAAAGAUUAUUUUAAUGAUGAACUUUUGGUCUGAUGCAGGCCUGACGGGAAACGACGCACACCUAAAGGCCCCUCUGAGCAGCUGGGCGAAGAAAUACGUCGUCGUCGAGAUCCCGCCUUACUGCAGGCAGAGAGGAAGGGAGGAGGACGGAGAGCUGGAAGGAGGGAAGGAGGGUACAGAGGAGGAUGAGUUUGGGGAGAGCUGGUCUCCGAUGGUCCCGAGCAGCGAAGGGAGAGACAGCGGGGAGGCGAUGGACUGCUCCAGCAGCCUGGAGGAGGAGGAGGAGCGAGACAGGGCGACGGACACCUGCUCUAUGUAACUCACACUCUACAUGCACAGACGGUGGUGGAUUUAAACACAGGAGGGGCGACUUUUAACCCUUUACAGGAGCAGACUGACAGACUGGACACAUUUCAAAGACUGUGGGACACAAGAUGAAAAACAGAGAGAGAAAGAGCACUUGAUGUAUCACAUGUUGAUGAGUAAAUCAAGCACACCUGGUGUAGAGAAAGGAGGUUUACCACUCAGGUGUGAUGGAACAAGCACACAGAACUGAGCGUCUUUCCUCACGUCAGUCAGAGAGAUUAUUUUUUUGAAAAGGUUGUUUAUAUUUAAUAUUGUGACAUGAUGUAGAUUAUUUUCCUUCAGAGGUUUCUUAUAUUUAGUGUCGUCUUGUCUGUGAAGAGGGGUACUGAGGAUCCCUCGUGUUGUGUUUGUGAGUGUUACACAUCGACCCUUGUGUUUUGAUACUUUCUCCUCGUGUCCUUUGUUAGACAAAUGUUUAUACUAAAUCAAAAGCAGCCAAUAUUUCCUGAUUUACAGCACAGUGCCGAAAAAAUUAGAGGUAUUUCACAAUAACUCAGUGCCUGAGAAACAAAUUUAACAAGAUACGUUUGGCGUGACAUGUGCAAAGGGCCAAAAUGGGCCGAAAACAGCGGAAUAACCCUUUAACCCUGCGUCUCAGAAAAAAGUCGAAGCACGAAAAAUCAAAGAUGUCCUUAAGAUACACGUGCCUGUAAAAUUUCAGGCAGAUCGGAAAAAGUCGACGUUCAUGGCGCUCUGUAGGGGGCGCUAGUGAGCUAUUUUUCAUCGUUUUUUUUGGGUCACUUUAAAACAUUACGAUGUUCGCCGGGCCCGACCUACCUAAACUUGGCUCGGGCCCUAAUGAGAGACAAACCAUCACGACAACCUCUGAGUUAGAGCCGCAGAGAGAAAUCUGCCUAGCAACAGCAGACUUCAGUUAAGACUUGAUUUGGUCCAUUAUUCUCUAUCUUAAAGCGCUGAAGGUUUCAGUGUAUGUGUCUUAAAAGGUCAAAUUUUACUAUUGUUACACAGAACCAGCUAAGCCUGGGUUUAAAGGAAUGACAGGCUCCUGAAGAUGACCAGUCAGUGAAUCAUGACUAAAGACAGCAGUGAUUUAAAUCAUGCAAAUGAUAUUAAAUAUCAACAAUAAUGAUAUUUUGUUCAUCGGUGUCCUUAAAAUUUGCUAUAAGACAAUAUGACGCUGGAGCUGAGGUGGUGAGUAUUUUCAGCUGCCCUCAGUUUGUUCAGUCUCACUUAUAAAAGCACAAAGUUUCUAUGUUUUAGAAAUAACAACUGACAAGAUUGUUGAUCAAGGAUUUGGGCCACAUUAUGGGAGAAAAAAAUGAGAUUUUGAGAAUGAAGUCGUGGAUGACAUGUUCAUUUGAGCGCAGACUAAAUUUGAGGUUCACGGGUUAAUUGCUGUAAAUUUAUGUUUUUUGCCUUAACCUCAUAAAUCAUUCAUAAAGUUGUAUUCAGCUCAUAAGUGUUCAGCUUUUUUGGUCAAUUUAUGAGUAAAAAAUGAAUCUUCAACUUUUUCCUGACAGUAAACAACUUUUUUUCUCUUAUUUUUGAACUUAAUUGAUUAAGUUACAGUUUAAUCUCAUGAAUUUAUUAUUUAAAUCUUGUAAAGUUAUUAAUUCAAGCUUGCAAAGUUACCGUUUCUUUGCUACUUUAUGACUUUUUCUCAUUAUAUUUUAACUUUGUUCUUAAAAUCUUUUUUUUUUUCUUGCCUUAAUGUGGCCCUAAUCCUUCAUGGUGUGAAUGAAAUAGUGUCUUUGAUUAAAAAAAAACCCACACUGGUGAAUUAAACUUUCCUAAAUCUGACAAUAGACCCAAAAGAGAGCUGAUGGUCCUGAUCUGUCGGUUCUUUUCAUUCGGAUGUGCCUGAUACUGAGUCUUGAUAGGCCUGCUGUGAGUGCAAACCAAGAGCUGGAGUUGGUUGGUGUGUUAGAAAAACUUUAAAGAUGUUUGGUUUGGUCAGUUGCAUUUUUACAAGCGCAAAACAAAUGUUACGCUGGAGAAAACUGUUCAUUGUCUUUCUCCGUAAACUUUACUUCAAGUGGCAUAAUUUUCCUUUCAGUCUCCUAAAGCUGAUGAUGUCCACCUGUGGUUCAAAACCUCAUUAGAGUCACCGUGUCGAACAUGAGGAGGCAACUUAACGACCAUUGAGCCUAAAGUCAACAGGUGGCACUCUUACAUUUGCAGUGAUGUGAGCCGGGUGCUUUUCAUUGACUUUUUUUUUCCAUCACUCAGCAUCGACUGAAAGGACAGAGAGGGAAACCAAGACUACACCAACGUUAUCGCUCUGAAGUUUGUUUGUAGUGGCAUCCUUUUUCUCUUCAAAGUCACAAAAAGCAAUCGCCGUUACAGCGUCUGAUCAAACAGAAUGACGUUAAUCUUAAAGGUCGCAACUUCAAAAUAAUGGUGUGAGAUUUUUCGCUUUUACACUCCAGUGAAUGUUUGAACUAGACGUGGAAGAGGUGAGAUUUGAGUGGAUGUUUCUUUUUCUUUCAAGAGUUUGAUUGUGAAAGUUUAAUAUCGACUACUUCAGUGUCACACUAAACGACUGUUAUAUAAAAAUAGGUUUAUAUUUUUUGAAGAUGAACCAUGUUUGCCUCUGCUCCAGCACUUCUUUAUGAUGCUUGAUACAUUCUGCUGAUUUCUUCAAUUGGAACCGAAUUGCACUCAUUUGGAUCUCCUCUAAACUUCUGAUCUCACUUUUCUAUGCAACCAAUGCAAUUUUUAUGAGGCUGUUUUUACAGCGCAAAAGAUCGAAUUUGAUAUUUAAGAGGAUACAUUUUUAAUGUCUUACAUUUGUAUAUUUGUGUAUAAAGUUUGUGUUACCUUCCUUGAUGAGAUGUUUUUGCUGAUUGAAUAACAAAGCUGUCCUUGUGAGAAA